AUGGAGAGCUCUGAAACCCCCCGGUCGCUGCUGCAGCGCCCAGAGAGCUCUGGCAUUGAUGUUAUAGACUUCUCCUUCGGCAAGCCCUCCUCACACAAGCCCUCGUACUCGCGGAACCUGACCAAGCAAAAUACCAUACCCCAUCCUGCAAUUGAUAAUGCCCAAUCUUCAAGGGAGCAUGUGGGAGAGGGGGCAGGUCGCAGCCAUCAACUAGCCAGGCCAGACACCCCUCUCAAUCUUCGCAGCGUUGGGAAGGAAGGAAUUCCCAAGGCACCUAUCCCCGUGAGACAACCUGUGUUCCCCCAGCCACCAAGGCAACUAUCCGCUGCAGCUGAAUCCAGCAAAGACAGCGGCAGUCGACCCACACCUGUAGACCCAGGGAAACAGACUUUCGGACAAGAACAGGCGACGAUUGCCUCCCGACCGAACGAGCCCACCAGGGCUGAUACACCCAGAGAGACUAUCAGCCCUGCAGGAAGGGCCGUUGACCAGAGUCAAGAGCGAGUUGUUGACAUCGAGAAGACGGGUGAGGUUAACUCUGCCUUGCCUGAGCCAACUCAAGUGCAACAUCUUCACAGAGAGAGGCAAGAUAUUCCGGAGAACCCAUGCUCUCGCAUGCCCCUCAAGCCUAUACACAAUCAGCUUCAGCCGUCGAGGCGACGCCGUGCUCCCGAAAAGGACACGAAUUCGAAACAGCAUGCACCGCCCGUCGGUGGCAAGAACGGCGUUCAGCUCAGUGAGGAUGACCUAUUUGAGCUUCUCAUCACAAGAAUGAGACAGCGAGAGGAAAGCGAGCAAGCGGCUGCAGCUAUCCAACGGCAAGUCACGAAUGAGAACGUGGCCUUGAAGGAAGAGAAUCUUAAUCUGCAGGUUCGGCUCAAAGAAUGCCAAGCACAGCUCGCCAAAACAUCAUCCGAGUCAAGAUCUCAGCGCGCACAAAUAGACAAGUGGAAGGUGAAACUUGGCACAUUCAAAGGUGUCCUCAAUGAACUCGGGCGUGAAUACGGUGCAGUCCGGGAGCAAGCCAAAGAGUUGAAAGAAGCCACUAUGUCUCUUGAUAGAGAGAAGAGCGAGAUCCAGCACAGCCUUGAAGACAUUAGGUUGAAAGUUUCGGAAAGCGCAGAAACCAUCCGAAACCAACGCGAGAGACUUUCAAUAUCCGAUGGGACGGUUGCCAGCUUGAGGGAAGCCUUGGACCAUUCAGAGACAAGAGGCGACUUAAUCAAGGCCCAGCUAUCCAAUGAGGAAAAGCGAAUCACGACUCUAGAGACCUACAUCCAAAAUGAGUCUCAGAGCCAGUCGCGAUACUUGGCCCUUGUCAGAAAUGAUCAGCGCAAGAUGGCUGAAAAACUUGACUCUGCCUGCGAACUGUUCAACACAUCUUUCGCCAAAUCCCAGGAUAAUAUCUUGUCAAAACUGAGUCCAGCGAUUGAAAAUUGUCUCACUUCAGUUCAGGGGUUGAAAGAACUGUGCUCUGCCGAGACCAUGAAUGUCCAAGACUUCACCAACAGUGUUCAUGAGGCAACAUCUCGUUUCAACUCCUUGGCUGGACAGGUUACAAGCGACGUCGAACGAAGCACGGAAAUGAGCAAAAAUGUAUUCCAAGCCGUCCAAGAAGGCCUUCAAGCGAUUGAAGGCAAUUUCGGUCCGCAUUCGUCAAUUUUCAAGCAGCUUGCUAAUAGCGAGAGUUGCUAUGGAAAUUUGCAACAACAGCUUCAGAUUGUUGGGCCAAUGCUCGACAGUCUCGGUGGUUCUAUCAAGGCCGUGGGAAUAACAGAAACAGACCUUGUGCGCGGGUUGGAAACCUUCAGUCAGAAACUUUCCGAAGCUCGAAUUCCAGCAGGAAACCCUGUUCUGGAGAUGGAAGUUUCCAACAAAUUCGCUGAAAAUACGAGAUUGCAACUCCAGCUGCAAGAAAUCUCGACUAAGGUUGAGUCACUUCGAAAGCAACUCGCCAACAAAUCAUCCGAGAACGAACACCUUCAGCAUUCUUUGACUGAGACUGUUGCUAAUGAACAAGCAUCUAAGAGCCAAAAUGCUCGGCUGGAAAUUGAGAAGACCGCCUUGCAGGGUGAGCUACAGUUGGUCGAGCAAAGAGUCCGAGAAGAGCUGAGUGCUGCAAGCAUCAAAUUUCAGGAGCAGAUGAAAGCUAAAUUCGAAGAACAAGUGCAAGGUCUUGAGACAGAAAAGAGGAAGCAAGAAACAGACAUCAACAACCUCCGGACGGAGCUUGCAAACGUCCGAAGCUCUUUGCUUGAGGAAUCACAGAGACGAAUCAUGGAGCUGAAUGUGGCUUGCUCAAAGUACAUCGCAGAGGCCCGAGCUCUUGAGGCUGAAUCAAACGUAUUGAAAAGCUCUGAAGCUGGCCUCUUGUCAGAAAAGGAGAGGCUCCUUGAACAGCUUGAACUAGGAAAAAGAAAUGCCAUAGAGCUUGAAGCUAACCUGGGGCUGAAGACCGAGUCUGUUGCGCUAAAAGAGAAAACAAUACAGGAAGCAGAAAAGAGGGCUGGGAUGCUCGAGCUGGAGACGGCCCAGAAAUCUGAAGAGCUUGCAGCAAUGGAAGAAAACCUCGCCACGCUCAAAUCACGGUCAUCGGCUUUGGAGAAGGUAGGGGAGGAAGCUGAUGCUGAAAUAAUCUCACUCCUCCGCCGGGCCCAAGAGGCUGAAAGUUGGCAAGCGACCAUAAGAGAAGGGUUUGCGAAGGUGAUCGAUGUACACCCCGACGAGCCUUUCGAGCAAACCUGGCAGAAACUGGAAGACAUCAUUCAGUCCUCGCUUGCUCAGCCGCCCAUGACUGGCGAUACAUUUUCCACGAAGCCUCACGGCACGGCACAUAUGGAGGCGACUACAUGCAGCAAUUUUUUACCGGACCCAAGGGACACGAAAUAUGAAAACAUCUUCGAGGCCAAUGACUCAAAUAAGGGAGCUCUCAAGACUGCCGGGAACGUGGAGACUGAUGGACCUCUAGCGCCAAAGAUUUGUAGCCCCCCGAAGGCGUUGAAACAUGGUGAUUGUGUUGACUCCCGACCGAAAUUCGCAGCUAGUCACGGUCAUAUUGUUCCAUUCUCAAGUCUCCAUGACAGACUUUCACGGGAGAAUAGCCUAUCUCCCCGGGGCGUUAGCACACCAGAUGAUGCUUCCAAGAAGGCUCAACAUAAAAAGGUUCUAGCUGAGCCUUUGGAAACGAGUGGAGAACUCAGUGAACCUAUCCCAGCUGUCGGGAUGCAACGUCCCAGCGCCGACAACAGCAAAAGCGAAAGGUCGCAGUCGGCUCUUGAAAGGAUUGACGGUUCGUUUGUUGAUAAAUGUGCCAAGAACGAACAGUCCAACACCAAGCGUAAAGUAGUCAGCUUCGAGGGAGCGCGUGUUAUCACCAAAACAGAGCUUGGCAGAACCCGACGAAUGUCAGAUGCAACCGACAACAGCUCCGGAAGAGAGUCCGAAAGUAAAGAAGUAAAGAGGACCCAGCAACGAACUUACAGCCGUCUUCGCCAGUCUGUAGCACAGGAGGAAACUUCAAUCGAGACAACUACAGAGAUACAGCCUGCCAACAAAGCUUUGGUGGGAGAAUCUCUACAGGGCCCAAUGGACAAGACUGAACAUUCUUCAAACCCAAAUCCAAGGCCACCGAAGAAACCACGAAAUGCUGUCGAUGGCCCAGAGCGACGACUGAGUCCGAAGGGUUUGGCUUCAGGUAGCAGCAGGGGAAACACAGCCGGCCAAGCUAGCACUAUGCGAGGCCGAGGUAAGCGCCGCACUCGAGGUAAGAUGCCUGAUGCCUUCCUAUGGUAG